GGGGUAGGAAAAGCAAAAAAAGGAUUGUGUUAUUGUGGACUGGUGGUGGAGAGCCCUGACCUGAGCAAGGCUGAAAGCUUCCUUUUCUCACCUACAAAUACCACCCCCUCAUCCCUCACUUCUAAGCAGCGUUGCCUGCCUGCCUACCUCUUCCGAGGAGCACAAGCCAAUCUAUCCCAUCCCUCCCCGACUCUUCUGCCAUCUCUGCCUCCCAAACCAAUCAAGGAAGGCACUGCUUGUCAUUCUUGUUUAAGUGACACACGAAUUAAACAAACCUCACUGCUGCUUCCGUACUCUCUGUCCUAAGGGACGAUGUCGGUAGCUGUCAUGCGAAACCCGUCCGCAACCUUCCACUUGGCCCAGCGCAGCUGGCCGGCGCCAGCGGAGCGAUACAGGAGCGAAGAGGGCCGUCCUAUGGUACAGGAGGAGAGCGACGAUGAGCUGCCCGGCCAAUUUGACAUAUGGAGUGCGAUCCAGUCGCAGAAGGCGGCCGCCGCGGCCGUUCCGGGCACUUACGUUCAUCCCCUUAUGAGGCGGUCUUUGAGUUUGUUGAGCCGGGAGAGCCUCGAGUUGUGCACGGAGAGUCUCGGGUCGGAGACCGGCUCCGGCGACUUCUCCUCCUUCGUGGAUGACCUCGACUACUGCUGUCCGCCAAAGUUCGACGAUGAAGAGAAGGAAGAGGAAAUGAAAUAUGUCCGUGAGUCGCAGGCUACGGCAAUAGUAGCAGGAGGAGACGAGGUGAGAGCGGUGGAGCGAGAAAGGCGUCCCCGGGGCAAGGAACUGACGUCGGUGAACUACCAUUGCUCCACUGGCAGGCCGAGGUCGUUCCCGCCACCGCUUCCGUCGAUCUCUCAACGCAACGGGCCGUGCCUCCACAUGCGGCCUCACCGCUGCGAUGGGCGCCUCGUAGUCGAAGCCGUCCCCGUCACUUCUCGGAACUACCUUCGCGCCCAGCGCGUGGACGGCCGCCUCCUCCUCUCUUUCGUCGACCUCGGCUUAGGAGGCGAGCCUGGUGACGAGUCUGAUGCCGCUGACUGUGCUGCUGAGACUACACCACCACAAAAACAAGAUGUUGAACAAGAAAAAGAAGAUGUUGAAGGAAGCGAAGCGAUGGGAACAACACGACUAGAAGCAAAGGAAUCGGAAGAAUCAGAACAGAACUGCUACGGAGAAGAGGAAGAAGAAUCGGACGAAAAGAACUGUUACGACGAGGAGGAGGAGGAAGAAGAGGAAGUGGAGGUCGUUGACAGGGGAACCGUCGUCGAGGUGACGGUCAGCACGCAGCCCCAGCAGCAGAGCGGCGCCCUGAAAGUGCACCGGUCUUCGCUCGUCAUCAACAAGUUCGUCGGUGGCACGCCGCUGAGUGGCAUGACCGAUGGCGACCAGAACAAUCACAACCGCACGGUUGCCUCGGCUCUGGCAGCUAGGUGGCCGUCACCGACGACCACGGCAGCUAGGCGGCUGUCACCGACAACCACCACCGCAGCAGCUGCGGUGGCGGCGGCUUCUGCGCUCGGGGUCAACAUAGAGAGCUACAAUGGCCACGGUUAUGGUGGGCCAUGGACGACGCCGCUCGGCGACCGCCACCCUGCGCUCGACAACAAGCUGCUGUUCACUUCGAAGCGGCGGAACCGCGGAGAGUUGCUGCACAACAUGAGGAGGUGCAGCCAGCUCCGGAGGCCAUUGUUCAUAUGGGAACCCUGUUGCAUUGCCACUUCCUCUUGAGACCUUACAUAGCUACCGCGGGUCGCCACAGCCUCACAUGGAUCCAUCUUAUCCCUCGGUUGCCCUCGUCUUCUACUGCUACCACCACCGCGACUACUAAGCUACUAAUUAUCACCAUCCCAUGUCGAAAAAGCCUCACUGUUUGGUUUUCUCUCGGUACUGUGGGUUCUUCUUCUCUCUUGGGUUUUUCGAACCACCAUGUCCUCUUUUUCCAACCAGUGAUUAGAUUUGAUACUGUAAUGGGAGAUUUGAGAUCAUCAUAAUAGAAUUGCUUUUGGUGCUUUUCCCUCUUU